AUGGCUAAAAUAAUCUUUAAAAUUUUGCUUAUGUUUCAGACUGAUUUUAAUUGUCUUCAAAAUAUUAUAUUCAAUGUGAGCAAAUCAGUAAAUCAUCCAGUUUAAUUUUCAAAUAUAAUAGAUACUAGAGUUACUGAGCUCAAUUAAUCUGGGAUUACUAAACCAAACACAAUCGAAGAUAUACUGUGA